AUUUAAUUUAUUUUGUUUUGCCGUUUGAUAACUAGAUGAGUACAAGAACUAUCCCUCCCCUGACUUAUAAGGUCGUGGCGGAGUGCUCCGUAUCCAAGGCCAGGGCGGGCCUGAUGACACUGAGGCACAGUGAGGUAAACACGCCAGUAUUUAUGCCGGUGGGCACGCAGGGAACAUUGAAGGGCAUUCUGCCGGAUCAGCUGAUUGAGUUGAACUGCCAAAUCCUGCUGGGCAACACAUAUCACCUGGGACUACGGCCGGGCAUUGAGACUUUACGGUUAGCUGGCGGCUUGCACAAGUUUAUGGGCUGGCCUCGAGCUAUACUGACGGACUCUGGUGGCUUCCAGAUGGUGUCCCUGCUGCAGCUGGCCGAGAUUAAUGAGAAGGGCGUGAACUUUCGCUCACCCUUCGACAACAGCGAGUGCAUGCUGACCCCAGAGCACUCGAUACAGAUCCAAAAUGCCAUUGGGGCGGACAUAAUGAUGCAGCUGGAUGAUGUGGUAAAGACGACCACAAUCGGGCCACGUGUGGAGGAGGCCAUGGAGCGGACAAUACGCUGGGUGGAUCGCUGCAUCGAGGCCCAUGCUCGGGACGACGAUCAAUCGCUGUUUCCCAUUGUUCAAGGCGGACUCGAUGUGCCAUUGCGGCAACGUUGCGUCUCCGCCCUGAUGGAGCGGCAAGUUCGCGGCUUUGCCGUCGGUGGACUGAGUGGCGGCGAGAGCAAACACGACUUCUGGCGCAUGGUUGAUGUCUGCACGGACCAUCUGCCACGAGAUAAACCGCGAUACCUCAUGGGUGUGGGGUUUGCCGCCGAUCUUGUGGUCUGCGUGGCCUUGGGCAUCGAUAUGUUCGAUUGUGUCUUUCCCACGCGUACGGCACGAUUCGGAUGUGCCUUGGUCGACAAGGGACAGCUGAAUCUUAAGCAGCCCAAAUACAAGCUCGACCUGGAGCCCAUUGACAAGGAGUGCGAGUGCAGCACUUGCAAGCGCUAUACCCGUUCGUACCUCCACCACAUUGCCACCAAUGAGAGCGUCUCCUGCUCCCUGCUCAGCAUCCACAAUGUGGCCUAUCAGCUGCGUCUGAUGCGGGGCAUGCGAGAAGCCAUUGAACGCGACGAGUUCCCGCAAUUUGUGAGUGACUUUAUGGGUAGACAUUUUGGCAAGGAUCCGAUUCCCACAUGGAUACGGCAGGCCUUGAAAGCGGUGAACAUUGAACUGCCUGCGGAUGAGGAGAAGCAGGACCAGCAGACGAAGCAGGAGCAGGAGCAGGCGGUAGAAGUGUCUCAGACAGCCACCAGCCACACACAACAUGAAACGUAUAUCUAGAGUCUAGGCGAAGUUUAUUAUACCCUUUAGAUAUUCUACUGACUGAUUGGAUUCAUGGAGCAGCUGUAAAUAUCUACCAGGGGGAUUAACAUCUAAUGCUAGAUAUAAUCAGUCAGUAGAAUUUAUGGGCUUUCCUAAGAGGCAUUUCUACUUACCUAAGGACUAUUUUGUAUACAAUUUCCAUAAGGAAUGCUUAAAGAACCAAAUAAUUUGGUUUAGAAUUAAGCAAAUACACAUUUAAACUGUAAGAAAACAUCACAAUUAA